AUGAUCACUAGGCAUUCACUCCGUCAAGCUUCGUCCCGGCUCCUUUCUCCCUCAGUAUCUUCUCGUUCGGCCUUAUUAUGUCAAUCACGAUGCGCAAUUUUACUCCGAUACAAUUCAAAUACCUCCUCUCAACACCCAUCUCUUUCCGCUCAUGUGGGCUGGAACUCUACAAAUAAAGAUCAGCCGAGAGGCCUGUCAGAGAAGCAUGCUCCAAGACGACCCGGAGGCAACCUUUCUAGACUUUCCAAGAAACACGGUGCUCCUCUCACACCAGACGAAGAAGCACUUUCGAAAGGAGACGCACUAGAGCAUGAUAUCGAUUACGACGACUUGUAUGCGAGGUCCAAAGCCGCGGAUCUGGAAGCACAAAAGGAACGUGGACAAGGGAAAAAGAAAUCGCGCCACAAAGUGCUUGAUGAAGAGAUGAAGCAAGGUGAAUCAGCUUUGAGUUCAAGAAAAUCAACCCUGAACUACAGGAUCAGCCCACCAAGCGAGACAAUCUACGUGGGCAAUCUGUUCUUCGACCUUGCAGCCGAGGAUCUGAGGGCGCAUUUUGAACAAUUUGGAACUGUGUUGAAUACGACUAUUGUCCACGAUAACCGGGGAAUAAGUAAAGGAUUCGGCUACGUUCAGUUUGAUACUAUCGAAGAAGCAAAAGUCGCGGUCGAAAAACAACACAUGAAAGUCCUCGCUGGCCGUCCAGUUGUUCUACAGUACGCCCGCAGCGCUAUUCAGCACAAAACAACCGAGCUCAGGCCCACCAACACACUUUUCAUCGGCGGCAUUCCCUACGAACUUACAGACCGCGAUAUCCAAGACCUGUUCAGUGAUGUGCAUAAUACCGUCGACAUCCGGGUUCCAGUGGACCGCCGCUCGGGUGUCCCGCGUGGCUUUGCGCAUGUGGAGUUUAUUGAUGUUCAAUCUGCGAUGUGGGGCAUGGAAGUGCUAGCUCGGAAGGCGCCGUAUGGGCGGAAAUUGAGAGUGGAGUUUACAAACCGGAGGAAGGUGGGUAUGAUGCACUCUGAACGGCUGCCGGCGUUGUGGUCGAAGAGGGCCAUGGAGAAAGAUUUGAUGGCUGAAGCUGCUGAAAAGACCAUGGAGCACUCCACGGAAUCGGGUGCUCCUGAAGCUGCUGAUCGGCAUGCCAAGGGCCCGAAGCAUGAGUAG